GUCUCUGGGAUGCAUUUUAUAUGAGAUGUGCUGCAUGAACCGUGCAUUUACUGGACACGGUUUUUUGUCUGUUGUGUUAAAAAUUGUGGAAGGUGAUACACCUUCACUUCCUGAUAGAUAUCCAAGCAAACUCAAUGCUGUACUGUGCAGCAUGUUAAAUAAGAAUCCUUCAUUGAGACCAGCAGCAGGAGAGAUACUAAAAAUCCCUUAUAUUGAUGAACAACUACAGAAUAUACAGUACAAGUUCACAAACACAACUGUGAAAGACAAGGCACUUAACUGGCAGAAAGAAGCUGCUCCCAUUUUUGAUGCUGUGCAGAGGAAAGUUCACUUGCAAACUUUGCAGGAACUGUCUGAAGUACAGAAAAUGACACCGCGGGAACGAAUGAGACUGAGGAAGUUAAAUGCUGCAGAUGAGAAAACAAAGAAGUUGAAACAGCUGGCAGAAGAAAAAUAUCAAGAAAAUAUCAAAAGAAUGCAAGAAUUCAGGUUCCAUAAUUUUCAGCAGCUGAAUGUCAAUGUUCUACAUGAAUCUGAUGAGCAGACUUCAGAAGCCCUAAUUCAUUCUCAGCCAGUCAUUACAUGCGACUGCGUAUCCACAGGACAAGAUGGACCAUGUGGAAAUGAGACAAGUCAACUCUGCAUGUCCGAACUUGCAGACCAUGAGAUCCCUGAAGACCCAGAAAUUGCAGAAGAAUAUUAUAAUGAUGAGUUUGAAUCCUGUUCAGAAGGCAGUGAAGAGGAGGAGGACGCGGAAGCAUCGCAGACUGUCUCUAAGACAAAUCACCAGGACAGUGAUGUCGAGGCUAUGGUCAAGUAUUUGGAGAGUGUCUUGAAUGAUAGCUCAUUGGGCUCGGGGACUGUCACCAGAGUGUCUCCAGGGCUGCCCCAGGGAUUCAGAGCUCUCAACGGCACUAUGGCUGAGACCAAACUGAAACGCAUGAGGGAAUCUGCCAUUGGGAAGCUGGGAGUGGAGGUGUUUGAAGCUGUGUACAGCUAUCUCAAGCAAGUGAGACAGCAGGAUGCCGAUGAGGAGGAGAUCAGGAGACAUCUGGAGAAACUGGUUGCUAGAGCAAGUGAUUGCUUUGAAGUGGAUCAGCUUCUCUACUUCGAGGAGCAGCUACAGGCUUCAGAAUCAUGUCUUCACUGCAAAAGGUGUGCCAGUAACAGCACUGGAAAUAGCAAGGAGGAGUGA